GUAUCCGCUUCUCCAGAGCGGUGGUGCCGGGAGAUGGCAGAUCUGAGUUUGGAGGGGGUCGGCGACGUGGAGGAGGAGUGCUAUCGCAAUCUGACUAGUGGCAGUAGAGUUUUGCUUUGGUAUAGUGAUGACCAUGUUUGGCAUGAAGCCCUCAUCGGACUAGUGCUGGGUGGGGAGCAGGUGGUGAUGUAUACACCAGACAAAGACCUGUAUAUUGAGAGCAUAGGUUGCAAGGGGCUUGAAGGUCCAAUCAGAUUGAGAGGCCUCAAGCCAGACCUUGGACUGCCCAGUAGGCUCCGAGCUCCGGCUUACCGUUUCCGAGAGAUCAUCUCAGACACCUUGAUCAAGCAGGUUUUUCGUGACAGCGUGAAGUUGGCUGAAAGAGAGGCAGGGUGCAGUGUGGCCUUGCCGACUCACAUAGUGAACCAUGCUGGACAGCGGAAGACACUGGAAGAGUUUUUUGGUGGAAGCUUUGUGAGGAGCCGACAGCCAACCCCAAUUGGCAAGCUCGACAAGUCAAGUGACUCCCCAAAGAAUGCCGUGAAGGUACAGCCUGCCCUGGGUGACUUUGUUUGGCUGGCAGCAGAACCUCUUGGAGGAUUGAUUCUCGGUCAGGAGGUGAGCUUGAAUAAUGAGACAGACGUGCAGGUAGGCACCAGCUGUGCCUUAGCUCUGAGAAAAGGAGUUUGGGUGAAAGUUGACAUGGUGAAGCUCUCUGAAGUUGAGGGCUAUGCAGACAGGAGGAGAGCUUUGUUUGGUGUUUCCUCAGCCGCUGGUUCUGGCGAGUGCCCACAACCUGGGAAGGGAGGUGGGGACGAUGAAGCUGGUGGAGAGACUGCAGGUUCAAAUGACGUCCGCACUCUUUGGGUAGACUUUGAUGAGCAUGGUGACCGGUACAAGAGGUGGAGGGAUGUCUGCAAGGAGAGCUACACACCGUCUUUUGACCAAACUCCCCUCGAAGGGCCAACGACUGGUCUUCACUUGAUCAAGCAUGCAGAGCGACAUGGUGGGGACCCUCGUUUGUGGAUGCAACUCUGGUGUCGCAGCAAACACAUUGAGACCACUGACAGGACUUUUCAUGAGAUGAAAGUUUUGGUGGAUGCAUUGUUUUUUGCAGGCACUUUUGACCAGGUCAACAUUCCAGCCCUCAUGUCCAUGGAGGUGGUGUGUCGCCGCAUUCAGGCGAUUGUUGAUGCUUACAGCAAUCCCAGCCGUCCUUCAUGGGAGAACGCAAAGAUUUUUGCAGGGCAAGGCACUCCAGAGGACAUUGUAUCGCCAACGUUCCGGAACUAUGCCACUCGCAAGAACAAGGAGGAGCUGGAAUUGUUGCAAGCUCGCCAAAAGGUGACAUUGGAGCCUUCGGAGAUGUUGCCUGAUGACCAGUACAGACAGGAGGCAAUGACACAGCCGGGUGCAGCGGCGGCCUUCAGCUUCAAGCAACGACGGCUUUUUCCUCUGCCCCUUUUUGCAUGCCCCCCACGAAAGUUGGGGACGAGUCGUUCUGUCCGCCAACGACGGGACCGAAUUUGUCGAGCCUUUGACAACUGCAACGAAGUAGUCAGAGCGCUGAAUUGGCUAGCUGGAGAGUCUGAACCACAGUCAUCAGAUUUUACAGUUAGUGCAAUGCAGCAGCAGGUUCUCUCGCGUGUGGAAGGUUUGGUUUUUAGCCAAAAGCCCAGUGGCGACGAGAUCAUGAAACCGGAGGAAGCCUUGAAAGUGCUUCUCCGUGGUGGCUCCCCCUAUGACAUGGGCGUCAUCAAUGAUGCAGUGGCCUCCUACCAAUCUGAGCUUGUCAGUGUUCCGCAGGACUGUCGAGGUUGUCCUGACCUUCGUGAUGUCUUGCCUACUGAUGACCGUCAGUACCUGGAGGAGAAUUCAGAGCUGAUGUUGCGGCCAAAGGAGGAUAGACCUGAGCAUCCUGUUCAACCUUACUGGGACCCAAAGCUGCGCUACAACCGGAAAGCGUAUCAUGGUCUUGUUAGAAAGUUGAACGAUAUUGGGUACUUCACGUACACCUUGGCACCUUUGAGCAAAGUUGGAGUGUUCUUUGUCUGGAAAUCAAACCGAACGAAGCUGCGCUUGAUUACAGACUGCAGACCAACAAAUGAGAUCUUUAGAGAAGCUCCGGGUGUUUCUUUGACAACAGCCGAAGGUUUUGGUCGGAUAGAAGUUGAGCUUGAAGAUGACUGCUGGGGGGAUUACAAACUUCUUUCAGCCGUCACAACAUAUGUUGGGCUCAGCGACGUCCGCGACUGCUUUCACCGGAUGCGAGUGCCUGCGUGGCUGAGCAGGUAUUUCGCUUGGGAAUCCGUUCCUGCUAGCGUUCUGAAACUGGAAGGUACAACUCUUGAAGGAAAGCUAUUGGGGCCGCGUGAUGCAGUCUUCCCUUGCGCUGGCAGUCUGUGCCAGGGUUUCUCUUGGUCUUUGUAUUUCGCACAGAGGGCCAACGAAAAUGUGUGCAGAUCCGUUGACACCUUACAGCAAGCAGUUCUGACACAGGACAGAGGUGGGCCAGUUGUUUUGCGGUUGGGUAAGGAGCAAGCAGACAAUACACAUUUUUAUGUUUACGUUGACAAUCUUGGGGUGCUUGACACUGAUGCAGCUAAUGUGGAACUAGCUAUGCAAGGGCUGCAACAGCAUUUCAACUCUCUUGGCUUGGAGCUUCAUGCAAGUGAAGUGAGCUGUGGUGCAAUUGAAUCGCUGGGCUGCAUACUGGAUGGAAGCAACCUGAAAAGUGCUGUCAACCCAAAAAGACUCUGGAAGGUGCAUCAAGCUUUGACGGGCUUGCUUGGGCGUGGACGCUGCUCUGGCCAGGCGCUUGAAAAAGUUGUGGGACAUUGCACCUUCUGCUCUCUCAUGAACCGCAGAACGUUGGUCUGUUUCAGUGCUUGCUAUGCUUUUAUACAUGCUCGGUACAAUGAGGUUGCCACUCUCUGGCCUUCUGUUCGAAAAGAGUUGGAGGCUUUCAGAGGUUGUCUGUUUUUGCUUAGUCAAGACUGGUGGCGACAGUGGAACAGAAAUGUGACCAGCAGCGACUCCUCCUUAGGAGGCUUUGGAUGCUGUCACGCUUGGUGGCCGAAGACAGUGGUCGCCAAGGUUGGGCGAGUUCAAGAACGGUCUCGGUUCAAGAGAUCAGCCGGGCAUAGUGCUCGAGAAAGUGCUCUGACGGCAGCCGGGUUUCACUAUGAUGGAGCAGCCUGGGGUCGAGUAGACCAUGUGACUGCAAAAAGACUCUGCGAACUUGGAUGGGAAGUCGACUCUUCUUUUGAAGAAGUUCCUGCUCGUUUUUUGGGUCGCAGUUUUUGGACUCCUCGAUUCUGGGGGAAAUGGAAGCAUGCUGAGCCGAUUGGUGUUUUAGAAGCUAGAACUGUUUUGAAAUGCAUCAAACGGCUGGCGCUCACUCGAUUCGGUCAUGAUUUGCGACACCUGCAUCUAUGUGACAACUUAGGAGUAGUCUUGUGUUUCGAGCGAAGUAGAUCCAAGAGUUUUAAGCUUCUUAGGAUCCUCCGUGAGUUCUCUGCAUAUUGUUUAGCUAGGAACAUCCAUGUAGCUGUACGUGGGAUACCCAGUGAGUUGAACAUUUCAGAUGAGCCUUCUCGGAUUCACGAUGAAAACUCGUCGAAGCUGUUGGUUGACCUCCUGGAUGAUUUUGUUGAACCGAUUUUUUCCCCUCGAGCACCCCUCGCACAGCAAAAUGGGGCCGAAGAGGACUCGGUCUCUCACCUCAGACAGCAGCCAUGUGACAAACAAACACACACAGCUGCAGCGGAAAAGGACGAGGACGUUGAGCUUGGGGAGAGAUGCUCUAGAGGCCACACCGACAGACAAGAAAAGAGUGAGAACAGGUUGAAGGAGAAGAAGGUGAAGGGUUUGACACUGCCCCUCACCGAAUCAGCCUUGCAGAAACUGUCAAGUCUGGAACCUCGCCGGCAACGAGAAGACAAGGAGGAGCUCGAGACAGAGACUUCGAGCACUAUGUCAGAGCUCAAGGAAGAGCCAAAAGGAAAGAAGAAGCGUUCUUUAGAAAAGCGGCCAAGAAAGCCGCUGCAGCACUUGGUGGAUGCCCAACUUGGAACCGGAAUGAGUUUUUUGGAAGCGGCGGCAAUCACCAAGAGAGUCAGAGAGAGAUACAACAGAAGCCUGUCAGCUCUCAUGACCUUUCUGCAGUCGAACGGCUUCAACUUUUCAGUGGAUCAGCAGGUGGAUACAGGCCUGGUGAAAUACUUCGAGAUGAAGAAGUUCACGGAAGGAGAAGGAAGUCAUGUGGGAGACUAUGCUUUGGCGGCGCUCUUGGAUCGCCACCCGGAGUUUGGAAAGAAUGGCUUCCGCAAGAUCCCUCAUGCAUGGAGAGCUCUGAAAGGUUGGAGGAAACUAUGCCCAUCGAGGUCUCGAUUGGCAUACCCUCUGCCCUUGUGGUGCGGCAUCGCAUGGAGAAUGAUUGCUCGUGGACACCUGCAGAAGGGAGUGUUCAACCUCCUGCAACUGUCUACGUACCACAGGCCCAGCACCCUCUUGAAGUUGAAGAAGAUGGGACUCGUGCCUCCGACGUCUGGAGUCACGGGAACAUGGAGCAUCCUCACUUCGUUGACAGAGACUUCAGACAUAUCAAAGACUGGGACGAAAGACGAUGCGGUGCUUCUGGAUUCACCUUUUCUGGACUUCAUAGAGCCGGUGCUGCGACGUCUAGCCAAGGGACCUCCUUUGGCUCCUGUCUGGACUUUCACGUACCCGGAAUACCUGGAAGUGUUCAAUCAAUGCGCCAAGGACUUGAAGGACUCUCGAGGAGAUUCGCAAGCGCGGAAACUGGGCAAGCCGGAAGAGUGUGACUUGGUACGAGAAGGGAGGGAGGCUGGCAGCAAGUUGGAACCUCCUAUCCCCUUCAACCCAGAUGGCUUGCAG